CCGCCCGGCAGCUCCUCCGCUCGUCGCCGGCUGCGUCGGUCCGUGGCCGUCGUCUUUUCUGUCCGGUGACGCGCUCACCGGGCACGACGCAGAAGAUCCCACUUGCGUCCUGAGCUUCAAGAGUUCGUCUCGCUUCGUAUUUGCCGUCGCAGAUAAGCAUUGAUCCUGCACUCCGCAAUUUCCAUAAGCUGCAAUGAAGGAUUCACAGGAUAUUCAGAGCACAACAGAGUUGCAGAUGUCACCACAAGGUACUAAUGAAGUGCAGAGUAACCAACUAAACACUAUGUCCACUGAUGCUCCUGCAGGAGAUUCUGGUUCUUUAUCAGUCGCUAGUAAUGAUAAUAGAAAAGUAUCCCGCGAAGACAUUGAACUUGUCCAGAAUUUGAUAGAGCGCUGUCUGCAACUGUACAUGACCAAAGGAGAGGUUGUUAGGACCCUUUCUACCCGCGCGAGAAUAGAACCUGGCUUCACUACUUUAGUAUGGCAGAAACUUGAAGAAGAGAACUCUGAAUUCUUUCGGGCUUACUACAUAAGAUUGAAAUUGAAAAGGCAAAUUAUCUUGUUCAACCAUUUAUUGCAACACCAGUUCAAUUUGAUGAAAUAUCCAGCACCUCAGAAUGUUCCAAUGGCUCCAAUGCAAAAUGGAAUGCAUCAUAUGCCAGUUAACAAUUUACCGAUGGGGUAUCCAGUACUUCAGCAACCUCUGAUGCCUGCUCCUGGCCAGCCUCACAUUGAUCCAAUGGUUUGUGGUCUAUCCAGUGGUCAUAUGGUGAAUGGUAUACCUGCACCAGGUGGCUAUCACCCAAUUCGCAUGAACUCUGGAAAUGACAUGGCUGUGGACAAUGGUGCACCUGAAGCUGCACAUGCUGGUGCUAUGCCAUCAGAGAUGGUUAUGAGUCCCUCAUCAGCAGCAUCAAGCAACCAUGCUCCUUUCACUCCAUCUGAGAUACCAGGGAUGGCCAUGGAUACAUCAGUACUGGAUUCAGCAUUUGGAACUGACAUAGGGGACACAGGACCUCUGCAAUUAGGGCCAGAUGGUUCGUCAAGGGACUCCAUCCGAUCCUUAGGGCAGCUGUGGAAUUUCAGUCUGUCUGAUCUUACAGCUGAUUUGACAAGUUUGGGAGAUUUGGAGGCCCUUGAGAACUACGCCGGUACCCCAUUCCUGCCCUCGGACUCAGACCUCUUACUUGAUUCCCCAGACCAUGAUGACAUAGUUGAGUACUUUGCGGACGCCAUCAACGGAUCUCAGUCAGACGAAGAGAAGUGAUAGAGGACAGGGUUUAAAUAGUCCCAUUCAAAUUCAGACCUGGCCGGGGCGUCAUCUCAUGUAGUGUACUCUCUCAACCAUGCAUGUAUACCGUAGAAAAUCUGGUCGAGCACACUCCCCAUAGGUGCGGUAACUGGUGUGUGCCACUGAAGAAUUUUGUAGUGGUCAAUCCUAAUGCUUUGGAAUAAUCAGUCGGAUAGCCUUGAGCGGAUAAAGCUGCUGGCUGCAAGGAUGAAAUGUGUAGAAAAAAUGUGUCAAACCUCAGGAACAACCCUUUGUAAUAUCUGAAGAAGUGGACAGUUGGUCUGGUCUUUUUUUUUUUGCGAAUACAGUUGGUCUGGUCUAGUGAACGUUUCUAGCAUGCACACUAGCAUAUUUCUCCUACUGAUUUAGUGCAUCAAGAUUCAUGCUGCCAAGUUUCAUCAGGUUUUGUCACGUUUUCGUGAACAACAGAAAAAGUGGACUAAUUAAAUCCCGGUGAAAUUUGAUGAAACAUUUCUCCUAA